GGCUCGCGAAGGAGAGAGCGGAGAAUGAACAGUCCUCGGUGAAUUGGCGAAACAUAGAAGAAAGUCCCCCGUCGGUGCUCAAGGAAAGAUCGGCGUCCGUGUCCUCGGAGACUCUUGACUCGAACAUCUAUGAUAUCGAGGAUCGCAAGAUCCAGAUCGAUCUUUCACGCGGAUGCGGCUUUCAGCUGCUUUCAGCUAUUGCAAACUUACAACGCGAACGCGGCGGUCAUAGCGAGGGAGCACGAGACGAGCAUUCUUCGGUCAACACUACGGCGUUGCCCGAUGCAGAUGACGAUGAGCCCGAGUGGGCUUCCGAAGUGGUGCCAAAGAAGCCCAUGGAUCAUAGCGACAUGAUCAUGCCGCAGUUUUCGGAGCAAGCGCGAGUUGACGCCUCCGAGAGUGAUUUAGAUGAGGCAUCGAUGCAACUACCUGUGCAGUCGCGCUUGGCUUCCGCUUGGUCGCAAGUACCGCAAGCGGUGCACUCGUCUGAAGGCGUCCCUCCGGUGCGAGUCCGGGCCCAACCGCGGAUGACUGAGUUCGCGAAACCUGAGCGAUUGAUCCCUCAUUGGGAUCGCGAAAUCUUCACAGCUGAAGUCGAGCCGGACUGGUCCGCUCUUGACUGGGUCGUUCGAGCGACGGAGAGAAUGGACGCGAUUCAUUUGGAGGCGUGCGCGUCUGGCGUGAACUGCGGUCACGUUCUCGGCGUCGACAUCGAGCAAUUGAGUUUUGGUCAGCUCGACGCCCUGGAAGAAGUACAUCGCGAACUACUCGCGCGUAUCACCGACGCUCGCGUCGCGCUGGCGCGGCGUCAAGAACGCGCCGCAGUGAUGGAAGAGAUGGCCAUCGCUGAAGCUCAGAAAGGCUUCAAGAUGCUCUCCGAGUUUGAGAAGCCGCUGCGAUGA